AGCUGCAUACUAUUGGCCUCCUGACCAGCUUGACACCUCCUCUUGCACGACAUUUCUUGUAAAUGCACACUAGUGUUGUACAUCUGCGUGCGUUUUAGGUUCCCUUUCGCUUUCCUUCUAGAGAUCUAUUCAUACAAGGAAACAAACGACGUACGGUAUACGCGCUCUUAAAGCGCAAACUUACAGUAUCAAACUGUGAACUUUAUACAGGUGAUCCUGCUCUUUUAAAGAAGAACGAUGACCAUUUUAUCCUGUCUGUCUGUGGUUUUAUUGUUUUAUACCGUCUGCGUCACAGCAGUGUUGUCAGAGAAGGUCCCGGCCCCUGAGAAUGUGAGAGUGAUAUCUCUGAACAUGGGAUUAGUUUUGGAAUGGGAUCCACCACAAAGCACCACGAAUAUAUUCUUCAACUACACUGCUGAAAUGAAAGGAUGGAAUACGUAUGAGCCAGUGUGUCUAAGCAGCUCAUCACUAAGCUGUGAUUUCACUGACAACGUUUCCGUUUUUGGAACUUACCAACUUCGUGUUCGGGCAGAGAUACAUGGAGAAACUUCUGAUUGGGUGGAAACAAAAAAUGUAUCAGUGGAUGAAAAAACUGAGAUUAGUGCUCCUCAUGUAGAACUGAGAAGCAGAAAAGGACAAACAGAAGUUGAUAUCACUGAUCCUCCUAUGAAAAAAAAGAAUUUGAGGGAUGUCUUUGGAAAUAUUUUCUACCACAUUCGUUUCUGGAAAAAUAGAGAAACAAUCAAGGAAGAACUAAUAAGACAGCAGAACAGAGUUAUGUUACCAGGACUGGAGCCUCUUGUAAACUACUGCGUUGAAGUAGAGAUUUUGUAUUUGAACAAUACAAGCCAGACCAGCAACAUCACCUGUUUAACCAACACCCCCAGCAAUGAAGUAGAGCCCUGGCUUAUAGCAGUUGUGCUCCUGGUCAGUUUUUUGGUGGUGUUAGUCACUGUUGUCCUGAUCUUUCUGGCUGUGUGGUUUGGCUACAGAGGAUGCAGUAUUAUUUUCCCUGAUGCUGACCUGCCAGAGGACCUAAAAAAGUUUUUGUCACAACGCUCCCAGUCUUCAAUACUUUCGGCCAUGCAGGAGAGCACGCCGGUGAAGGAGCACUUUUGUGAACUGAGGAUAUUGCACAAGGAGCCAAACAGUUCUGUGGACAGUCAGCAGAUAGAAGGACCAAUCAGGAUUCAGACACAUAAGAACAAGUGUUGUAUAGGAGCCGAUGUAAAAGAGAGCAGUGAGGAGAAAUCUGAAAUGAUAUUCACAACAGAACAGAAGCCCUUGCUUGCUGAAAUGAGACUGUAGUAAUACUGUAUCAUAAUCAGUGAUUCUUGAUCAUUUAUUUUGCCAACUGAAAACAGCAAAAAAAAAAAGGACAAGUUAUAAAAGUUAAACAUGUCAGCUAGGGCUGACAAUGUUUUUGUUUGUUUUUAUUCAAUCUUCAUUUUAAUAAACCAAUAUUGAUUCUUAAAUCCCAAGAAUCUAUUUCUUAAUAUAUGCUGUUUUUCAGUUGAAGUAUGAACAAAACGAUACACUAAACAUUAGCUUUGUUACAAAGUCCCAGCUUUCGAAUUCUGUCAAUUGUAUAACAAAAUUAAAACAAUUAAUAGCGUAUUGGCACUGCUUAAUUUGGCACAAUAGACUGAUGUAGCCGCCUCAGUUGAGAUGGUCCUCACUGCAGAACACAAGAUCCAGGGGGUGUGGUUGGAUCUAGAUCCAACUCCUCCCACCUUAUAUUUACCUAAACCUACCUGUCUCCACCCCCUGAUCUCUAAACCUACCCAUCUCCACUCCUAAACCUACCAAUCUCCACCCCCUGGAUGUGGAUCCAACCCCGCCCCCUGAAUCUUUGUUCUGCAGUGAGGGGCUACUGCCUCAGUUCGGCAGCAUGGAGCACAUGUGAACUGAUAAUUUCUUUCUUGCAAAAAAAUAAAUGUUCUGUAACAGGCAGAUAUUUUAUGCUGUUUAUAACAACCAAAGUUUCCCUUCACAAAAAUUCAAAACAAAAAAAAGUAACAAACAUGUCCAUAGCCAGACAAAGGGGGAGGGUUUUAUCCAUCUCUACUUUUCUACCAUGUUGUUUCUAGACUAAAUUGGGGAGCAACAAUAUUGGACAGAAAUGUGCACUGACUAAACACUAUUUUUUCCUCUUUUUUUUUUACCGAUGAACGUGUAAUGUUAAGAAAUGAGCUUGCCCUGUCCUCUGUUGUUUUACUUUGUUCAAAUGAUUUUUAAAAAGUUUUAAAUAAAACAAGAAUUAUCAUGCUUA